CCUAAUCGCGUCAUUUCCGGAAGUAAGGGUCCUCUCCAGACACCCGGCGUUGCACAAGCUCACAGCAGUCUCAGGGAGACGCAAUUUGAUUCCCUUUGCAUUCGACACAAAUAUCUGUCGCUGAAAAUGUCGUAUUACAAAGUAAGUGGCAUCACGGGGAAACUAACAGGAGCAACGCCGGCCGCCUAUGCCCCUCAGGGGCUGAAGCCAACGGUCCCGGCGGAGCCCACACCAAUUAUCUUUUCCACCCCUACCAAAGUGGUGUCUGAAACGGCUACCCCUGUGCAAUAUAUGGGUGUCAACAAAGUUCCAGAGCUGCAAAAGAUCUACCAGAAAUCCGAUGGUAUUCCAAUUCACCUGAAGCGUGGUCUCAUGGACAAGCUGCUGUACCGGACCACCAUGGGCCUGACGAUAGGAGGGACCCUCUACUGCCUCAUGGCCCUUUACAUCGCAGCACAGCCCAGGAAACCACAGUGAAGAAGCCCCUUCCUCUACCCACCCACUUAAGGCCCCCAAAAUCCUUUCAGAACAUCGUUUUUAUCCCAACAUCUCUUUCUGCCUACCCCCUCUUCAUCAUUCAGAUCAGUCAUGGAGGUGGGCCGGUGCUUUGGACAGUGUUUAUUACAGCUACCGUCACACUGAAGAAAAGUAAAAGAGAUCUGUCACUUCGCUAA